CAGCCAUCAUCGUGAAAUUGAGGUUACCCUUACCGAGAAGUCAAACGAGAUCUCCGCCAAGAUGAGUCGAGGCGCCGUUGAACGGAUCUUUCAGGCGAGGGGGCGUCGUCUGAUGUGUUACCCUGGCUAACUUUCUUGGGUGAUCGAUGCGUGACAGGGCUGCUAGGAGGCAGGGCUUGGAUGUUUGUUGGCCUGUCCACCUUGACCGCUGGACAAAGCUCAAUGGAGACGAGGCAGUCGGAUGGCACAUAUAAGCUCUUCUUUCCCACGACAGUUUCUUUCCUUCCUCAUCCCAUCUUCAUUCUUUUCAGUUCACUCUACACAUUCUUUACAGUUCUGCGAACUUCACAUUCUUUAUACACUCAUUCUAACUUUUGAACAACCCGGCCGGCCCUUUCACUCUUCACUUCAACUUCCCAACAUACAAAUUUCGGACUUUAGUCAAUUACAAGCAAAAUGUUCUCUCAAACCGUUCUCGUUGCCGUUCUCGCGGCUGUUGCUGAGGCUCGUUUUGGCCAGGAGCAAGGCAAUGGUGCUAUCACGGCCAUUGGUGCUUUGACCAACCUUGGUAAAUCUGGACAGGCUGCCACUCUCGCUGGUGGAUCCAUUCAAUUCCUCCUUGCUGCUGCCAACCCAUGUGGAAAGCUUACUCAAGCUGACAACAUCAUCUCCGAGCUUGGAAACUCCGCCGAAGCUGUUGCAGCUGCACGUGGACUUGUUGCCGCUGAGCAAAACUUCAACCCCUUCGUUGUGUCCAUCCCAUCAAUCUGUAGUGAUCCUACCCUCCCUAAGUCCGCCGAGCUUCGCGGCGUUGUUCCUCUCAUUGAUCCUGCCGUCGGGGGACAAGAUGUUGAGAACGCCAACUCCAAGACUUCCAUCACCACGCCAUUCGAUGCCACUGGACUCAGUGUUGCCCAGGUGAUGAUCGCCCAAGGCUUUUCCAACUUCACAGCCGUAGAUCUCGCCGGAACCAAAGUUGCAGCUUCUGCUUUGGGUGGAGGAGCCACAGGUGGUGCAUCAGGUGAAGUCGCGAGCCCACCUGCCGCCGUAGCAGACACCGAUUGUGUUCCAUCCACAACCAUGACCACUGUUACCCGGGCACCAACUCCAACUAGCUCUGAUUGCGGUCGCGUUAUUUAUGUCACAGUUGAGCCCUCCGCCGUCGCAACCCCAUCUGCUGCUGGAGGCGUCGCAGCCAUAAAGCCUGCCGAUUUUAACGCUGCACCAGCCGCCACUGGAGCCGCAAGCGGUGCCGCCGCAGGAACAUGCACUGGCUCAGGACAGACCAUGGUCUGCUCUUCGCCAGCUGUUGGAGCCGGAAAGGUUUCUGACCCAGUCACCGGAACUUUCGACGGUUUCCAAGCUUCCACCAUUGCCGGUCUUGACUUCGGUCUCUGUGUUCCUACCAUGAAGUUCGAGCUUGGCUUGAACGGUCGUUCCGCAACCGCAGGCACAUUCCAGGCUCAAGACCCUCUCUGCAACAAGGGUCAACAAGAGGCUCUCAACCCAGCUAUCAUCACCAACCGCAUCCACGACCAGAUGACCAAUGUUUGCGGUGCCAACCAAGCUGCUAAGGAUGCUAUCACUGCUGCCCAAGCCAAGAUCGUUGCCCUUGGAACGCGUGAUGCUUCAACCGCCGAGGCUUUCAACGCUGCUCUUGGAUUUGCUGGUGUGAACAUCAACCCAGAUAACGCCCCUCAGACUGGCCUUGUUGGCCACGUUUAAAUCAUUGGCUGCCAAUUAUGGGUGACCUGUUUGUAUGAUUGUUUUGUUGGAGGUGGAAUACUUUCCUAUUUUCUUUUUGGGGAGCUUUGAGAAUGAAGAUGGCGAUGAAGUGAAGACGAUGCCAACAUAUAUAAUUAUUAUGAAUUGUAUGUAUCGUAAAGACAAGGGGAAGAAUCCAAGUAAAAACUGGGUUACAUCAUCUCUAUUCCAGGGACCUAUCUCCCAAUGUCGGGUUUUUUUCCAAAAAAUUCAGGUCUCAGCAAAUCUCUCCAGCCUUGACUUAAUGAAUCAGUUGUUUCUGAUCCCAUAUCUGAGGAACUCCCCGCUUGUGGAAGUCUGCCUUACUUUCUGCAAGCCCUCGGGCCUGGGUGACCGUAGCGAGUUUGGUUCAGCCACAGACCAGCCUCCACCGCAACAUUGUCCUAUUCAUAGGCGAAUGGCUUGGCCACGCCCCCUUGAGGCUGAUGCCAAUCAUCCUUUCAAUAGAAUCUCCUCUGCUUCAUCCAGUCAGCUCCAUCACCUCAAGCCCGAAUAAUUCAAGCCUUAUCGGAACCAUCCGUGGGCCUUGGCGGGUAUUCCCCGCCGGGCUUGGGGCUGAGGUCACUAGCCAGGACUGGAGGGCCGAGGAUUGGCUGUAGGAUUGUGUCUUUGAAUUGGGUUCAGGGACUUCUCGUGUUUAUGGUCGUGCAUCUUAGAC